UUCAAGCGUCGGGUACACAAGCAGCUAAUUUUAGUAUCAAAACAACAUAAUUUCAUACAAUGAAAUUUUUUUUAAUUUUUUUAACCCUAGUAACUUAUAAUUAUGCUUGGAAACCCUGUUAUCCUGAAACGUGUUGGGGCAAAAAGCAUACACUGUGCGAGUAUGAUCCAUGUGUGAAGGGAGAACAAUGCAACAAAGUAUUUGUAUCUUUAGUAACAGACGAAGAACGACGUGAAAUUGUUCAAACUCACAAUAGACUACGAGCCAAAGUAGCAAAUGGACAAGAAACUCGUGGAAAUCCGGGGCCACAACCACGCGGUCGAAUUGGGCCACUUACUUGGGACAGAAGAUUGGCUUUAGCUGCUCAAACAUGGGCUAAUCAGUGUAUAUUUGGUCAUGAUACCUGUCGCGAUGUCAAACGUUUUCAGGUCGGCCAAAAUGUGGGGUAUACAGGAAACGUUACUGAAACUUAUGACAAAUUGACUGUACUUAUUGAAAAUUGGUACGAUGAAGUCCAAGACUUUUCUCGUUAUCACGUCAAAAAUUUCAAUCCAACGCCUGGUGGACCCACAAUUACUCAUUACAGUCAACUUAUAUGGGGUAAUACUACUCGUAUUGGUUGUGGUCUUGUAAGACAUUAUACAUUUGGGGAAAUGUAUAGAACUCAUUUGGUUUGUAACUAUGGAGCAAAAGGUAAUUGGAUCGGCGAACAUGUUUAUGAAACUUUUUAAUAACAUUUCAGAAAAACUAGCAGAAAAAAAUUACAAAAUCACUCUAAUUUUUUUUUUAUUCUGUAAAUGUAUGAAAGAUAGUAUUGGCUUGAUCAGUUGCGAGUACCCGCGUAGAAAAAUAUAUAUGUAAAAAUUUUAUGCCAUAUAUAUGUCACAGAAUAUUACACCAUUAUGCGCGGAAAAGAAAAAUAUAUAUUCAAUAGAUUUUGCGUAUAUGUUGAGAUAUUAGAGGCAUAUAUGUCGAUAUAUAUAUAAAUAUAUGCUCGCGCGCAAAAAAAAUAUGCCACAUAUAAUAUAUAUAUAUUUUUUGCAUACAUCUAUUUCUGUGCGGGUUAAGAAAGAGAAAAACGUGACAAAUUUUCUUUAAAAAAUGAAUAUUUAUCAAAAUGUAUUGAAAAAUGUUAUCUAAUUUUCUGUAGUUUUAUUUGAAUAAUUGAAUAUUUUAAAAAACGGAAUGUGAUUGAUAAACAUUUACUGUAAAAAUAAAAAUGUUCGUUGCGAUUACAUUUUACACGAUAAUAUUUAUAUGGUAAUCAUCAUAAAAAUAAAUGAAUGUGACAAUUUAAUUUUUCAUAAAAUUAAAUAUAAAUAUAACAAAUUCAAAAUUUGUAAUAAAAAUUAAUCAAUCAACC